AUGCGCUCUCUCUUUAAGCCCUUCGACUGCUCGUUGUUCCCGCCCGUACCACACGCCGACCCGCUCGACAGAAACCGGUUGUUGACGGAUAAUCAUGACCACUUGAGAGGGAUUACUGGAGGAAUCGAAGUACCGGUUCAUCGAGCGCUACCUUUCCUGUUGAAUUGGCAGUAUGCGGCGGGCGUCGAGAAGAAUAGCAUUGAGUUCUUUCAAGACAAUUUUGACACUCUUCCUGGUCCAAAAGGUCCCGUCGCAAGUGUAGCUUCCGACUCUCCCAGAAACGUCGAGGUUAACGUUAACCUGGGAACACUGACAUCGAGCGCCUCAAACCUCGCCUUGGACGAGCUUGACAACAUCGUCUGCGUACUGGCGCUGGGUGUCUACCUGCGAGGCGCUAUGGACGAGGGGAUAUCCAUAAAAAUCACCAGAGCAGUCUCUUUCUGGCAUCCAGGUGCCUUCCUCCCAUUCGCUAACUUCGUACCCGAGGUGCUCGUCUCGCCGUAUCUGCGCUUGAAAGACUUGAGAUUUAUCAUCUUCAGUUUGAGGCAGAUUACAGUGCUCGUUGGUGUCGCUCCACAUGGGUGGGGCAUCGCGGUCGAUUCGGACAGGUUCCGCGGUUGCGGCAGUCCUUUGGUGAUGGUGAUCUUCACAGUCCUCCAGUCUGACGCGUUUUACUCUCCUUUCCUUGACGUCGACCAGUUAACCGAGGGCUCUAAUGCCACGACAAAAAUGACUUCACCAUUGGUGUUCCUUGGCCAGAUUCGCCAUAUCACCGGUAGUCAAAGCGUUGUCAAGUAUUAUUUUGGAGAGGAUCCGAGGUGCAUGCAGCGGUUCCUACUGCAGACCCCUCACAGAGACCAAGAACCACCGGAUACUUCCUUGAAUGGUCGCAUUAAUCCACGAGUCGCAUCAUUCGAGAACCGGAUUACCGACUAUGGCAUCGAGGACGAGACAGCGUUGGAUCCAGAUAUAGAACAAAGGGAUGCAGAGAUUGCCGACGAGUUGACGUUGCAAGGUUGCGAUGAAGAGGGGUUUGAAGUCAGAAAUAGUCGGCCGACGACGAUAACGAAGAGGGCGAGAAUGACUAGGCUGCAACUGAUGACAGUUGGCGAAGAGAUAUUCGACAUUGGUGGCGAACAGAAUCCCCCAAAUCCAAGGCCGACAAAGACGUCUCUACGACAGCUCGCUGUGGUGUACCUAGGCCGAGUUACUGCUGCCAACAACUUCUCCACCCUUGACUCCGAGUCCGACCUUUAUCCACUUCUGAACGAGGUACCCAAGUGUCGUGAUGAGACUACCCGUACUUUCGACCUCGACGCGUUCAAAGUCAUCUACGUCGCUCCCAUGAAAGUAUUGGUUCAAGGGAUGGUUGCGUGA